AUGAUGGAGUCUGUUGCGUUGGAUGAGCCGAUUCGAGACACGAUCCGACGGGAUCUGAUGGCUAUGGGGAAGAAGUUUGAGUACGUAUGUAGUCCGAAGAGUUGGUCAGAGGAGGGUGGUGUGCUUCGUCAGUGGGACUUAUGGGGUCCAUUAAUUCUCUGUUUGAUUUUGUCAGUAUCAUCUUGGUUGAAAGCAGAGAAGAGUGAGAAACGGGCCGUGUUCUCGUUUCUAUAUGUAUUCUACUGGCUUGGAAGUUGGGUGGUUGUGGCUAAUGUGAGUCUACUGGGUGGUAAGAUCUCUACCUUCCAGGCCCUAGGUGUUUUGGGGUAUUGUUCCUUCCCCCUUGUCAUCGCCUGUGUUGUUGCCCUACUCGUGCCCCAAGUCCUCUCCCUCCUCAAAGUUUUCAUAGUUGCUGCGGGCGUAUAUAUGUCCACCAAGGCCGCAGUCACCUACGUUAAGAGCACCAUCCCAGAAGACAAAUUCUACAUAGCCACCUACCCACUACUACUCUUCUUUAUCAUCAUCGCCUGGAUCACUGUUGUUCUCUAA